UCCAAAAUACAUUUCCUCCAUUUGCAAAGAUGAUGUAUUGCACACCCACUUUCAUAGCUUAGUGGAUGCCACAGGGAGAUCCUCCAUCAUAGAUCCCUGGAAGCGGUAAAUGAUGGAGAUGUGAUGGCGUGGGAAGAGAUGAGGAUGAAGGUAGCGUCCCUUCAGUUUGACCAUAUCUAAAUCAGUGUGAUUGCUUUCUGGAUUCUGCUUUGCUCCAGGGGAUGUGACUGCUCAGUGUGUGUGUAGGCCAAACAGGGCAGGGCUCUUCUGACCAUCAGUCUCUCAUCUGUUUAUCAUGAGUAAACCACUAAUGAAAGACACUUUUUGGGAGAGGAAGGAGAACCAGUCGAGCCCCAGCAAGAAACCUCAACCGCCAAAGCCUCAAAAUGCCAUCACUAUCGCCGUGUCCUCCCGCGCCCUCUUCAAUAUGGAUCAGGAGCAGGACAUUUAUGAGCAGCAGGGAAUGGAGGAUUACCUGAACUACCAGAUCCAACAUGAGAUCGAGCCAUUUGCACCCGGACCUGCUUUCCCCUUCAUUAAGGCAGUGGAGGCAGUGAAUGCUCGACUCAGAGAGCUGUAUCCAGACAGUGAAGAGCUCUUUGAUGUGGUUCUGAUGACCAGCAAUCAUGCUCAUGUGGGGCUUCGGCUCAUAAAUUCAAUUAAUCAUCAUCAGCUGCUUAUAGAGCGCUUUUGUAUGACUGGAGGCAAAAGUCCCAUUGGGUAUCUGAAAGCCUACCACACCAACCUUUAUCUGUCAGCUGAUUCACUGAAAGUUAGAGAAGCCAUUGAAGAAGGAAUUGCAGCAGCUACAGUAUUCUCACAAGGAAAAAUCACAGAGGUGCCGGAAACUCAGCUGCGAGUGGCCUUUGAUGGAGAUGCCGUUCUCUUCUCGGAUGAGUCGGAGAGAAUUUACAAAGCCCACGGACUGGACAAGUUUUUUGAGCAUGAGAAAGCCCAUGAAAAUAAACCUCUUGAUCGUGGACCACUUAAGGGGUUCCUGGAAGCUUUGGGGAAACUGCAACAGAAAUUCUAUGCCAAAGGCCAGCGCUUGGACUGUCCCAUUCGCACCUAUUUGGUUACAGCUCGCAGUGCAGCCAGUUCAGGCACCCGGGCCCUCAAGACGUUGCGUUCAUGGGGCCUGGAGACAGAUGAGGCUCUCUUUCUAGCAGGUGCCCCUAAAGGCCCCAUGCUGGAAAAGAUCAGACCUCACAUCUUCUUCGACGAUCAAAUGUUCCACGUGGAGGGAGCAGCGGAACUUGGAACUGUGGCGGCUCAUGUUCCCUAUGGAAUUGCCCAGAGGUUUCCACCAAAGACAGGGAAGGAAGUAAAAAAAGACCUGUCAGCCAAGCAGCUAGUGUGAAUACGGUUCCAUCAAGUGAUUCAUUUGAAACAAAGCUUUUAAGAACAUUUUUCUUUGUAAUUGGUUGAUUUGCUAUGGACAAUGUUAGUUUUGCUUCUCCAACUUCCAAAAAAACUCUGAGAUUGUUUAAUAACUUGUGGCAAGCCAUAAAUAAAGAGAGAAAUAAAUGCUUAUGGGCAAUAAGUGGUAUUUUACUAUUGAGUUCAACUGUAAAAAUGUUCUGUUCUAAUGUAAAAGUACAUGUUGUUUACUUAUUAUGCCACUUAUGUAACUUAUCAGAAGCUAAAAUGCACCAAAUGCUGUGUUUGAUAACAUAAAUAUCACCUCUAGCCAUACAUAUUUUCGCCUUUUAUAUUGUAAUCGCCAUGUUUUGAAUGACCAUCUCUGUGAUUGUUCACCAUAAAGGGCUGUUUUACACUCUGUAUUUAACCUCUAUCCGUGUAUAUUCGUUAUGCAGUGUUUUAUUUAAUCAGUGUUAUCAUGUACAAAUUUGGUUUAGUUUUUGCUGAAUGUAUUAUUGUUACCUCUGCAGUGUGGGUGUGAUGUGAUAUGUGUUACUCAGGGCAUGCUCAAGUCAAUGUUUGCACUGAAUCCCACAAUAAACAUUUAAGAGGAAAUUAA